AUAAAUAGACAUUUUGGUCGGACCAUAACUCCCCAGUCGCUCAAACACUUUCGACCACAUUUAUAAGAUUAAAACUCUCGAAAUUUACUGCGCAACAAUGGCGGACACAAUUCACCAAAACGUCAACGUUUCGAACAAGAAGAGGUCGGGCUCCGACGAAUGGGAACGCGACGAUACGGCGUUGAAGGGGAAGAAGGGCGGGAAGAGUUCGGGGCAGAUGUGGGAGGAUCCGGCGGCGGCGUUGGCCAGCGCCCGCCACGAGUUCGGCGAGCACGGCGGCGUGAACAUGUCGAUCGAGGCGUCGGCGACCUUCACGGUGAUGGAGCCGGAGACCCUGCGGCGGAUGUUCGCCGGGGAGCUGGGCCCGGAUCACGAUUACUUCAUCUACAGCCGCCACUUCAACCCGACGGUCCUGAAUCUCAGCCGGCUGAUGGCGGCGAUGGAAGGCACGGAGGCGGCGUACUGCACGGCCUCCGGAAUGUCGGCGAUCUCGGCGGUGCUGUUCCAGCUGCUGAGCAGCGGGGACCACGCGGUGGCGUCGCGGACGCUGUACGGCGGGACCCACGCGCUGCUGACGCACUUCAUGCCGAGGGCGUGCAACACGACGACGUCGUUUGUGGACAUAAGGGAUCUGGAGGCGGUGAAGGGGGCGAUCGUGGAAGGGAGGACGAAGGUGCUGUACUUCGAGAGCGUGGCGAAUCCGACGCUGACGGUUGCGAAUAUUCCGGAGCUGUGCAGGAUAGCGCACGAUAAGGGAGUCACGGUGGUCGUCGACAACACCUUCGCUCCGAUGGUCCUGUCGCCGGCCAGAAUGGGCGCCGACGUCGUCGUCCAUAGCGUCUCCAAGUUCAUCAGCGGCGGGGCCGACAUCAUCGCAGGGGCCAUCUGUGGGCCAGCAAAGCUGGUGAAUGCGAUGAUGGACCUGCGCCAAGGCCCACUAAUGCUAUUGGGCCCGACAAUGAACGCAAAGGUGGCGUUCGAGCUCUCAGAGAGGCUUCCGCACUUGGGCCUGAGAAUGAAGGAGCACUGCAACAGGGCCCAACACUUCGCGACGAGGAUAAAAAAGCUGGGAAUCAAAGUAAUCUACCCGGGGCUGGAGGACCACCCGGACCACACCCUGUUCAAGUCCAUGGCCAACAAAGACUACGGCUACGGCGGCCUUCUGUGUGUGGACAUGGAGACGGAAGAGAGGGCCAACCGGUUCAUGAACCUGUUGCAGAACCACACGCAGUUCGGGUUCAUGGCGGUCAGCUUGGGGUACUACGAGACACUCAUGUCCUGCUCGGGGAGCAGCACCAGUAGUGAGAUGAACAGCGAGGAGAAGGAGCUCGCCGGGAUCUCACCGGGCCUUGUUCGGAUGUCGGUCGGGUACACCGGGACUUUGGACCAGAAAUGGGGCCAGCUUGAGAAGGCCCUCUUCAGGAUGCAAGACUCCUCCUCCACCACCACCACCACUUUGUUCCAAAAGUGAUUCAAUUCUCUUCAUUUAUAUAUGUAGUAGUUAUAAUUAUGAGAACCAUUCUGGUGUAAUGUGUAACCAAUCCCUGUUGGGAUUGUGCAUGCAAAUAAUAACUAAGUUUGGUCCAGUAUUAUUUUGAGCUUUAUAUCCAAGGAUUCAAUAUUGGAUUGAACAUAUGCUCAUAAACUUAUAAACUUCACAUUUUGAA